AUCUAGAUCUAAAUCAUUGUCUCCUUUGGCGUCAAGGGAACUUUCACGGAAGGAAGAAGAAGAAGAAGAAGAGUUGGACGAAUUUGGACGUGUGAAACAGCGACGAACUAAAUUUACCACUACAUAUGAUGGAGAAACACGCCACCGUCGAUACCAUAAAGAUGAUGAUUCAGACAAUGAAAGUGAAAAUGAAGAUCACGAUGAUAAACGUCAUCAUCGUCGUCAUUAUCAUCGAUCCCAACGCCAUCGAUCGCCAUCCCAUCAUCGUGACUAUAGUGACAAUGAUCAAUAUGAAUCUGACUCGGAUGAUCAUCGCCGACAUUCACCAAGAAGAAGAUAUCAUGAUCAAAAAUAUCAUCAUCGACGAAAUUCAGAUAUGGAUGAAUACAAUCACAAGAAAAUAUAUAUUGGUGAUCUUGCUGAUAUUACAUCAUCUGAAUUAGAAAAAGUCUUCUCCAAAUUUGGUGUGAUUACCCAUAUUAAGCUCAUUGAAGGAAAAGAAUAUGGUUUCAUCACCUUUGAAAGAUCAUCUAGCGCUCAAGAAGCUAUUUCUGCUAUGGACGGUACACUUAUUCGCGAUCACAAAAUCAAGGUCAACCGUGCGAAAAUGAUGGAUCGUUCUCGACAUGGCUCUGGAAACUCAUCAUGGAUGGAUGAAGAUGGAUCUAUCAGAACAGAAGCUCCAAGAUAUACCUUUCCAACUCCACAAGUACCAGACCAUCCCCCCAGGACCCUGACUAGUUAUGAUGAUUUACUAUAGUCACUAUCGAAUUCUACUGCAUUUGAUCAUUUUACUACUAUUUUUUUUUUUUUAUGAAAACUACUUCCCUUUCUACUUUUAUAGCAUUAUUAGACUAUCUCUAUGUAUACAUUCACAUUUGUAAAACCAUCACAUCCUUAAUCUAUUUAUAUAUCAUCCAUCUUUUUAUCAUCAUCCAUUUUUAUUUAUCUUUCAAUCUUCAUCUCCAUCUCAUUUUAAAUAAAGAAUGCUACAGUCACAUUGUGUCC